AUGUUUGAGUUUGUGUCAUUGGCGCCGCCAAAACAAAUCGCCGAGCCCGUGGAGGACCCCGACGAGGACUCGUACGACCCCUUUGAAGAACAAGGCGUGAAGGACGAGGACGAGGACGACAAGAAAGCCUUGCAGCUCGAACAGCUGAAAAACACUUCCAAGACACAAGCCAGGCUUCUCACGUUUGACGGCCAAAUAAAUAUUCUGGCCGACCCUGGAUGGGACGGGGUGAGCGACAUAUCGUAUCUGGAGCCGCACGUCCCCAACAUCCAUCUAAUCAUCCUUUCGCAGACCACCACCGAGUACCUAGGUGCCUUUGCGUAUCUUCUGUACAAAUACCCGAUUCUUCGCAAAGUGAAAACCUAUGCGACGCUUCCUGUUUCGAAACUCGGACGAUUGGCGACCAUAGAGCUCUAUAGAUCGGCCGGGCUCGUUGGCCCGCUGAAAGGGGCCGUUCUGGACGUGGAAGACGUGGAAAACUACUUCAACUCCAUCAUCACAGUCAACUACUCGCAGUCCGUGUCUCUCACGGGAAACUUGUCGGGAAUUACAAUCACAGCGUACAAUUCUGGUCACACACUAGGUGGAUCGUUCUGGCUGCUCAACAAGGACGCCGAGAAGAUCGUGUACGCCCCUACAUGGAACCACUCCAAAGACUACUUCCUCAAGCCUGGCCGCUUGAACUUACCGAAUCUCCUCCGUGCCACCACUCUGAUCAGCGGGUCUGACUUGGGGUCCUCGUUGUCGCACAAGAUGCGGAUCAGCAAGUUCAUGGAGCUCGUCAAGCUCACAUUGAUGAAUGGAACGUCCAUCUUGCUCCCGACCUCUGUCACCGGCAGACUGCUGGAGCUGCUUCCACUGCUGGACCAGAACGUGCCGGUGGAUAUCAACUUCUAUCUCGUCUCGUUCACAGGCAAGAAGUCGCUGGAGUUUUCUGGCAACAUGCUGGAGUGGAUGUCGCCGGACAUCACCAAGAACUGGGAGAACCAGAACCAUACGCCGUUCGAGUCGAACAGACUAAAGCUCAUCUCGUUGCGGGACCUUGCCUCUCUCGACCACAGGCCAAAGAUCAUCUUUGUGGACGGCACAGAUCUCAACGAAGGGUCUCUUUCGAGAGACUGUUUUAUAGAGCUUUGUUCGAAGCACAACACCGCGCUGAUCAUGACUGAGAGACCAGAGGUGAACACCACCGCAUACGACGUGUACAAGGAAUGGGAGAAUAAGGUGAAGAGCGACAAUAAUCUGAAAGACGGCGCCCUGACCAUUCUUGAGAAACAAAUGUCUCUGUCGGCAACGAGGGAGGAAAAGCUGCGUGGUUCAGAGCUGAACGCGUACAAGAAGAGUGUUGAGGAGCGCAGGCAGCGCCGCAAGGAGCAGGAGGUGCAAGAAAGACUAAACAACGACCUGCUGGACACGCUGAUCGGCGAGGACGACGACGAUGACGACGACGAUUCGGAGUUUUCAGACGCAGAAGAGGCUGGCGCGGACGCCGAAAAUGGAGAAAACGGCGAAGUCAAGACCACAACGACCUCCACCGCGCUAACGCAGUCCACGCACUCGGCUAAGGACGAAGAGGACCAUAUCACUGUGGACCAGAUCCUGCAGAUGCCUAUGGACUUUGACGUGCGGAACGCCAAGGGAAGAAAUAGGAUGUUUCCUUUCAUUGUCAAGAAAGUCACCGUCGACGACUACGGCGAAGUGAUCAGACACAGUGAUUUCAUGAGAGAGGAGGAAAAGUUCCCGCUCAACAAGCCAACCUACGAGGAAGAGGUGGAGGAAGUUGUGGAGGAGUAUUUGGAGAACGGGAAGAAAAAAAGACGGACAGUGAAAAGGCCGGUCAAGAGAGUCAGAAAAGCCACGGUGGUUGAACAGGUGAAGGAGAAAGACACUGUCUACAACCUGGAUGCACUGGCUGACCCAAAAGUGCGCAGUAUCAAACCUAUCUCUGUGGAAAUCAGGUGCGGUCUUGCGUUUGUGGACCUGUCUGGACUGGCGGACCUGCGAUCCAUGAGAAUCACCUUCAACUCGGUGAAGCCCCGCAAGGUUAUCUUGCUUCCAAACACCACACAGGCCUAUAUGGGCGGCGCUUUGGACGUUAUGGACGCCGUUAUGGCUCAGCAGAAAUCCAAGAUGCUCGCUAUUUACCAGGCCGACGACGCAUCUGGCAUCCUGGGCACAGACUACAUUCUGUCCAAGUUCAACGAGAAAAUUGACCUCGGCAAUGUCGUCACCUCGUACGACCUUGUGAUCUCCAACGAGCUCAACAGCACGCUCAACUGGCAGGCAAUCACUGGCGGAUACUCGAUCGCACACGUUUACGGAGAGGUGGUGCCGGUGGCGCCUGGAGACAAGCAUCUGAAGCUUGUUCCGCCUACAAGCACAAACGUGAUGCCCGUGUCCAACUCGAUCAGCAUCGGAGACAUUAGACUAGCAGAGCUGCGUCGCAAGCUGACGGAGCUGAACCACGCUGUCGAGUUCCGAGGCGACGGCACGCUCGUGGUGAACAACCAGCUCGCCGUAAGAAAAGUCACCGACGGCAACCUCGUGAUCGACGGAGCGAUAGGCCAGCUUUUCUACCAGGUCCGCAACCUCGUCCAGGAUAUGCUCGCGUACGUUUGA